GGGUGCGGCACGGUGGGUUGUGUGAUUAGGUUGGCUGCUGCUGUGUGUACGUGUAUACGUGUACGUGUACGCAUGCACUCAUUGAUUGAUGCAUCCAUGGGCCAUGUCUAUGUAUUGUUGUACAGACACGCAGACAGACAGACAGACAGACAGACAGACAGGCACGGGCUUUCCUCCCCCCGCCCUCUUUCUCUUAUGAAAUGACAUCCCCUCAUGUGAAUGCGCAUUCAUGACCUGCACCACUCACUCGUCCUCAGGCACAAACUUCUCACCCGCACUUCCCUCUUCCUGGCGCCACAGUGGACAGUCUUCACAGCUGAAGUCCCCGCACCGGACGCGUGUAGUUGUGCCCCGUCUGAAACGAGAAGGUGGCCACCCUCCAUGCUCGAGACUCAGUGGAGUCGGCCCCAUCUGAAGAGGCCGCUCCUCAAACUCCUCUUCAGAUGGGGGGCUCCCUCAAAGGCUCAGCCCGUUGGGCUAUCUCGUUUGUAACGUAUGUUCACAAAAGCCGGCCCAUGCAUUGUCACUGAUGCGCCGAGCCAUCUUGCAAUGAGAAAAACUCGUGCGCCUCAUGUGCGAGCUUAUUGAUACUGGAUCUAUCUCUAUUCUCAGCUUCUCCGUUGGGAGGGAGGACGAGUCUGCGCAGUAGAGAGGAGCAACGUCCAAGCGGCUCGAGGUCGCCCUGCCUCUCCCCGGUCUUCCGGUCGAGCAGGUCGCCACGACAGCCCCGAACGUCUCUGACAAAGCAUCGGUACGCAGAUCUCUUCCCUUGUCGAUCACCUGCUUACGUGUGCGAUGAAAUCCAUACAUGGUUUUCCCUCAGACCUUUGUUUCCAUCAUGCUUCGAGGGAGGGGCGGCUUCCGAGGUCGAGGGCGUGGCGGCCAUGGAACAAAGCUGGCCAGCAGCGCGUUGAUCCGCCAGUGUGUUCGCCAGGGCCGCGAUACGGACAGCACUAUCGAGCUGCUGCCCAAGCUGCAUCACACUCUCACGUGAGCAGGAGAUGCAGUGGGGCGUCGCCAGAGAUGCAUGAACUGUUGUAGGGACUUGAAGAGUCAGAGGGAUGGCAUGAGCGCUGAGGACUUCAAGGACGCUGCCUUGCAAGAGAUCAAGGUCAUUUGAAGCGUGCUCGUGGCAUCAUCAUUGAGCUUCGUGUGUGUCUCUCAGGCAAAGGUUGCUGAGGAGCGGUGGGAUCUGCCACUGGUUGAGCCUGUGAAGGCAGAGAGCGAGAGCGAGACGAGGGGCGAGAAUGAGACGUAUGAGGGUGGAGCAGACAGCAGUGAGUUGGCAACCGUGACCAAGAUACUGGCAGCUCUUCAGAACGAGGUGAAUGCAACACGGCACUUUGCUGCGUUUUCUCUGCGUCAUUGUUGUAUCUGUUCUCUCUCUUUCUCUCUUGGCUUCCUUUCUGUUUGUAUGAAGAUUGGCGACUGGCCGACUGAGCAGCUGAAGGACAGCUUCGGCAGCAUCGAGCAGCACCUCAAGACGGGUACGUGUAGAGAAUGAGAAUGAAAGAAUCGUGUGGACAACAUCGGCCUAUGUGGGUCAGGUGUCUAUGAUGAGGAGUCCGACUUCUUUUGCAGUGCAUUUAAGGAUGCAUCCGUGCUCAUCCAGGCGGCAUACAAGGCACACCGUGAGUUGAGCGACAGCAAAUGCAGCCCUCAAUCAGGCUGAUUUUGCCUCGCUUCACAGCAUCGGUGCUCCUGAAGGACCGUGUUGUGGAGCUGGAUGCAGGCGAGGAGAAGAUCCUCAAUCUGUCGACUGCCAUGAAGAGGUGGGCGCCAACAUCAUGUUGAGAGGCCCGGUGACUGCAUGUAUGUCAUGUCAGCGCGGCGAGCGAUGAUGCCGAGCAGGAGCUGCUGUGGAUGAAGCGGAUCGACGCCGUCACAGAUUAUCUGGACAUUCUUCACAACAGCGUAGGCAUGCAAUGCCAUUCUCAUGGGCGCCUGCUCGUUUUCAUUUCGUGAUAUCAUACUACUUGCAGGCCGUCACCUUUUGCGCGGGGGUGAAGUCGGGCCCUUUGGGCUCAUUCGAGAACGGGCAGAAGGAGAUCAUCAAUGCCAGCCAAGUGAACACGACCAGAGCUGCCAUUUGAAUCCACUCUACUGUCGCUUUGUGCCUAUUUUCUGUGUGCAGGGGUUGGUCGACCUCUAUGGCUUCGCAGCUGGUUAA